CAAGACAAAAAAACAGAGCAGCAAACUGAUCAGGUGCAACUCCUCUGCUCUGCUACGCCGUGCCCGCAUAACACCAACACACACCAUGAGGCCCGGAGCCGAGUUCGUCGCCAUGAGCCACCGCGCGGGGGCGCCGACGGUGGCGCCGGCGCACGGGAUGAUCAACGGGACGGCGCCGCACUCGCCGUGGCAGUCGCCUGUGCCGUACCUCUUCGGCGGGCUGGCGGCCAUGCUGGGGCUCAUCGCCUUGGCGCUGCUCAUCUUGGCGUGUUCCUACUGGAAGCUCUCCGGGUACCUCGACGGCGACCGGGACGGCCAGGCGGCGGGGGGCGACGGGGAGAAAAACUCGGCGUCCGGCCCGUCCAAGCCGGCGAUGGAUUUCCAGGAGCACGUCGUGGUCAUCAUGGCCGGCAACGAGCGGCCCACGUUCCUCGCCAAGCCGGCCGCCAGCCGGGCUGCCGAGGUUGAGCUCGCGGCCGCGGCGGCGGCUGCGAGCGCGAGCGUCGAGAACGAGAAGAAGGUGGACGAGCAGGCCUGCGAGGUGAGCUCGCAGCUCGGAGGCGACCCCGCCGGCGCUGCGAGCAGUAGCCGCGGCCACCAAGACGCGGCGCGCCGCGAGCCUGAGCAGUGACCACCACCGCCAUGACCAUGAGUGCAGGAGCACGACGGCGCUGCAAGAAAGCUUGCAAUGAAGCCUGGAGACAAUGAGAUGACAACUAACUCAGUUAUUUCAUUUUCAUCCGAUUGUGCGCGGCCAUCAAAUUCCACGGCGGCGGCAACUCCACGAGUGACGGAGCGAGCAC